GAUUUGUUCAAAGCUGCAAAAGAACUUUCAGCCCUCCAGGCAAGGUGAUGGCUCCGAAGCCCCAAAAGAAAAAGAAAGCACAGCCAGCCAGGUCCAAGCUCACAGCUUCUAGGGCCGCUGCCCAGGACACCGUGGAAUCCGGGCCAGACAACGCCUUGCUGCUGCCAGUACAACAGGAAUAUGAGAGCGUUUGCCGAAACCUGGAGGAUUUGAGAGGGAGGAGGGCACAGCUGAGGGCACAAUAUGAGUUCCUCCAGCAAGAGGCACAAGACCUCCAGAAUGAGAGCCGGGAGUUUGCCGGCUACCUAGCCAAGCGAACCCGAAGGCGCCAGGGUGUGGUGGUUUCUCUAAGUGAAGAGAACCAGGAGUUGCUGCGCCAAAUCCAGAAGCAGCACCAAGAAGCGAUUGCCCGUUCCCAGGAGCAAGAGGCAGCCCUGCGGGAACAGCUGCUCCAGAAGGAAGCUGAGCUGGCCCGUCUCAGCUCUGAAUUGGAGGGACUGCGUGAGGUUCAAGCCCUGAAACAAGAGCAGACCUCCCACAUUCGGCGGCUGCAGAAGGAGUUGGCGGCUGCGCAGGAGCAGCAUAUGCAGCACCUGGAGGCAGUCAAGAUACGAGCCUUGAGAGAGAAGAUCGCCCAGGAACAGGAGGCAGGGCAGGAAGUGGAGGGCUUGGCUCAGCAGGUGCAACAGUUGGCCUUGCGGUGCCUUCAGGAGCACAGCCAGACAGUUUGCCAGCAGAAUAAGGAGCUGAAGAAGGAGCUGCACCAGCUGGUCCAGCGAGUACAGAAGCUGCAGGAGCAUAAGCACCGAUUGCAGAAACAAUUGGAGCAGCUGUGGCGAGAGCAUGGCUGUUUGCAGGACUUGGCCUAUCUGCGUGGCCGGUUGAGUGGUAGAGCUUCUGGCCUUGUGCGGCAGGAGGAGUGAAACGCAACGGCCAGAGAAACUGCAUUCAGCCAAGACAAUUAGGACACUUGAACACUUAACAGAGGGACUGGCACAACAUGAUUAAUUGGUGUGGUUUCGAUUAUUUUUGGAAGGAGGAAUUCAGUUUAUAAACCUCUGCAGUAAUCCAAUUAGAAAGGGACCAAAAUGUGAACUGUUAAAGAUGAUUCAAUCGGCAAAGGACUUUGGUUGCAAUAUAAUGAUCAAUAGGAAAAAAUAUGGAGAAAUGAAGUUUAUAUUGAACUACAAUCUGUUUCAAAAUGAUGCAUCCUUAGGAAUUAAUGCCUGAGAAAUGGUCAAUGAUGUGUAAAGAAAUUUCAAAUGUAUGUUGGAAAUGUAUUUGUGAAAAGCGUACUUUCUACCAUCGUUGGUGGACCUGUGACAAAACAAAGAAAUAUUGAGACCAAAUCUUUAUUUUAAUUCAGAAGGUUCUUAAAAUAAAUAUAAAACUGAAAGAAGACGUCUUUUGGUUUGCUGGAUAAAGAACUUGGAAAAAAAAAGGAACUUUGUUAUUAUAUAUGUUGACAGCAGCGAGACUUUUAUUUGCACAAAGAUGGAAAGAUCUAUCAAUUCCCACAUUGAUGGAGUUGAGGAGAUGGCAAAAUUGACUGCUUUAAUUAAAAAGAAUUUAUCUAGUUUUUUUUUCCAUUUGGAAACCACUCCUAGAUUUUACUCUCAAAACAGAAAAUAGUGAAAUUUCAAUUUUAAGAUUUGACUUCGUUGUUAUAGAAAUGGUUUGAAUUAACAGAAAUGUAAAGCAAAAAGUUGAGGUUAUAACUUUUCUUAUAAUAAACACUGAUGAAAAUUAAAGAAAGUGAUUGGAUUACCAACCCCAUUCAUGACUGCUAAGUGAAACCAGCCCUCUCAUUCCUUCACUUAGGAUUCUUCAACCCAAACAUUGACAGAGUACCAAGCAUCCUCCAGGCACUCCAGCAGGAUGAACAUCUCCUACCAGGAUAGCAUUGAAAAUAUCCUCAAAUUUAUCCCUUCUAUACAGUUGGAGGAUUAUUGCUUUUCAUGUCCCAUAUGUCAAACAGUAUACAUGCAAGUAUCUCAGUUUCAGAAACCUGCCCUCCAAAACAGUAUCUCAGCUGCUAUUAAGUCAAUAAAGGACUAGAAAAUGCAUUGACACAGCAUAGGGUGUAUGGUUAAGUAUCAACCUUAGGCUUUGCAAAUGUAGCAUAUUUGGCCAAUCGAUGAGACCCUGUAUUAUGCAAAUUUAAAAAAUGGAUUCAUUCAGAAAUCAAGUUAAGCAUGUGUGAAUAUGAGUGGGGAUCAAAUUCCUCUUUCCCAUUAUCAUAGGAGUCAUUUUUUUAUGGAAUUCUGCAUUGAUUCAUGUAGCCCAAGGGUGUCAAACUCGCGAUGUCACGUGACAUUGCGCAACGUAUUGGGCCAGUUUUGCCAUUGCCAGCAAUGGGGUGGGUGCGGCUUCCGGAUGACGUGUCUGGCCUGAAGGCCGGUAAUUUGACACCCCUAAUGUAGCCUAUAUAUAUUAAUAGAUUUAAUAGCUCUUUGUUUAGAUCAUUUAGUGUUUAACUUCAUUUAUUUUAUGUUGUCUGAUUAUUCUUUUCCCAAGGCUAAUAAAAUUGUAAUACGAACCAAUUGGGCUUGACUGAAUACUUUGCCCAAGAG